AUGACCAAAACUAAUACGGAACGUGAUGAACAACUCAAUCACCACGGCACUGCGUUAGAUAAAUACAGAGAAAAUAUUGCGAAACUUCAAACAGACGUGACAAACAUCAGCAAGAAGCUUGAUGCAAUCAUGGAACUGUUGUCACAACUAGCCAAGGGUCGAGCGGGUUCAACAUUCAAUCCAUCCGGAUCACGGGUGGAGGACCCGACGGAGUUGCAUCAACCCGAAAACCGCAAAAAACAGAUCAUGGGACAAGCGGCUAUGUUUCAAGAAGAACCCCCUCAACAAUUUUUUCAGCUCCAUCGAACCAUGGAGAAUAUUAAGGUAGAAAUUGCUUCAAUCAAUCUUGAAGGUGAAGCAAUCCAGUGA